CGCACACCCUGUACUGGGGCUCCUGGAAGCACUGGUGGUACAGCAGGUGCGGUGCGGGACCUCUCUGUAAGUGGGGGUUGACCUGCGGUUCUGUGUGCGAGGUCCCAGGACCCCAGGGAGAUAGGCCCUCGGGGCUGCACGCGGGGAUAAGCCAGGCUAUUUUUGCCAUUUCCUUCCUCCCAACUCAAGCUGGGGCCACCAUCAGCCGCCUCACACAGAGCGGCCACUGCAGCCUCAGCCAGGGCAGUUCAGGCCAGAGAAAGGGGUGCCCUGACUGCAGGCCUGUCAGCCACCCCAACGCCCUGCCUUCUGAGUGUCCAGGAGGGUCGCCAGCCAGAGGUGGGCUUGCCUCACUUCCUUGUCUCCACCACUCAUCUCACAGAGGAGAAAACCGAGGCCUGACCUGAGGGGGAGCCCCUCUCCCUGCAGCCCGCCGGCCCCAUGCCCGCCUGGGCGGCCUUGCUGCUGGUCUGGGCGGCCGCCGAGGCCGCGGAGGACUGCCCCGCCCCGUGCGCCUGCCGGGCCCUGGACACCAUGGGGCUGCAGGUGGACUGCCGGGGCCGGGGACUCACGGCGCUGCCCGCCCUGCCGGUCCACACCCGCCGCCUCCUGCUGGCCAACAACAGCCUGCACUCCGUGGCCCCCGGCGCCUUCGACCACCUGCCACAGCUGCAGGCCCUCGACGCGGCGCAGAACCCCUGGCACUGCGACUGCGCGCUCACGUACUUGCGCCUGUGGCUGCGGGACCGCGCGCCCGAGGAGCUGCAGCUCGUGCGCUGCGCCGGCCCCGGCGUGGCCGCCGGCCGCGCGCUCGGCCAGCUGGGCGGCUCCGAGCUGGGCGGCUGCGGCUGGCGCCUCGCGAAGGCGGGGGUCUCCCCGGGGCUGUGGUGGGACGCGGCGCUGGCCGCCGUGGCCACGCUGAGCCUGGCUCUCCUGGCGGGCCUGCUGUGCACCCUCUCACCCCGGGGCGGGCGGGCCAGGCCCUGA